AUGACCGAAGAGUGGAAGGACCACUUAAACGAGAUCUUCUUGAAGGAGUUCUUGAGGGCGCCCUUCAAGGAGAUGUUCAUCGAGAUAAUCAAUGAAAUGCUGAUGACAACUGUUGAAGAUGAUAGUGUGGCUGAGGAGCGAGAGAACCUCUUGAAGAAGAUUUUCUUGAAGGAGUACAAGCUCUUGAGGGUGUUCUCCAAGGGGAUGUUGAACGAGAUAGUCAACGAAAUGGUGAUAUCAACUGAUGAAGAAAGGAAUAAUCUUUUGAAGAGGAUCUUCUUGAAGGAGUUCUUGAAGAAGCUCUCCAAGGAGAGGUUCAACGAGUUUGUCGACAAAGUGCUGCUGUCAACUGAUGAAGACAAAGAGCACACCUCUCCUAGUGAAAAAGCAACAGAGGAAGAAACUACGCAUACGUACAUGUAUAACCCCGUGCCCGGAAAACAUAAGAAGUAUCGGGACGACGAGAAACACUCGACUACUCUACAACGUAUGAAGCGACUCGGGCGGCGUCUGUGCCGCAAACUUGGACUGAAAGAAGUUGGUGGCCUGGCGUUUCCUAUUGAGGAGGAUGGGCCGGUUGUUCGCACGCAGUAUAGCGAUGUGAGAGGGUUGUAUGUGGAGGAUCUAGAAGGGGUUAUCUUCUUUGGUCUUCCUUACGGGGAGCCGCCGGUGGGAGAGUUCCGCUGGAAGCCCCCACGACAGUACAACAGGUCCUGGGCGCCCAAAGUUCGUGACGGGACCGUACCGGGCCCUGGCUGCUACCAAAGCAGAUGCGGACCGAAUGACGGUGACGACGUAUUCCAAUGUCCCCGGGAUAGAAAAGUGAGUGAAGACUGUCUCUAUCUCAACAUCUUUGCCCCACGUACGAUCCUUAACUCUGCUGCUGCUAAGCUACCGAUUUUGUUCUGGAUUCACGGCGGAGAGAACGAACAGGGCAGCGGUUCCGCCUACUUUUACGACGGACGAUUUCUAUCUAACAAGACCAACGCCAUCGUGGUAACCACCAACUACAGACUAGCAGCGUUUGGCUACCUGGUCGCUGGUCAAGGAGAGGACGCGGCAACGGGCAACUACGGCCUUCUUGACCAAGCCGCAGGUUUGCGAUGGGUCAAGGAAAACAUCGGAAGCUUCGGCGGGGAUAAAAACCGCGUGACCGUUUUCGGACAGAGCACGGGGUCAGAUGCGACGUCCACGCUCCUCAUCAGCCCAAAGUUUGCCGACUUGUUCCACCACGCCAUCAUGCUGAGCGUGCCUCUUACCAUUCCUCACAAAAGUCGCUGGGAGGCGCUUCGCCUCGGUGACCACCUUGCUGACAAACUGGGCUGUUCGCACGGGGACAUGAAGUGUCUUCGCUCCAAGAACUCGAGCGCUCUUCAGGCAGGGCUAGACAGAAUGGGGACGUUCUUUUCCAACCCUUACCGUCCGCUAGAGGUGUCAGUAAAGUGGGGACCCGUUGUGGACGGUGAUAUCGUACCUGGUCCUACGGUGGACAGUUUUGCAAAAGGACAUUUCCAGUCAAAGCCUUUUAUCAUAGGAACUACCUCGGAAGAAGCCGUCCUAUACAUCUACAGUCUUUACAACAAGCCGGUGACUUCCCUGGUCACGUUGUACGCCAUUUACGCUGCAUUUGUCCAUCUAAAGGCAGUGGAAGUCUCCAUAGAAUAUCCCACAGAAACGAACACGUCAGACUACCGCCCACACAUGUCCAAGCUCACCACUGAUUGGGUCUUCAAGUGUUCGACUCGUAACGUCAUUCGGAGCGCCGUGAGAAAGGGGAACACCAAUGUGUGGCUGUAUGUGUUUGACCAUGUUUGGUCCUUCCCACACUUGUGGGACUACCAGAAGAACUGUAACGGACACGUGUGCCACGCGGAGGACUUACCCUUCGUGUUCCAGACCACACGCCUUCCGGUGACCAACAUGACCAUGACCGCUGAGGAACAGAAAAUGGCGGACGCCAUUGCUUACUACUACGGCAACUUCGCCCACACCGGGGACCCUAACCAACCUAGCCGAGACGCAGCCGAAACUACCAGGAUGACAAUGCCAGGGACCGCCACCACUUGGCCAAAGUACAACCAAGAAGGGAACUUUCCUUGCCUGAACAUCAGUACUCCUAGCACUUCCCUGAUACAUGACUAUCGGAAGGACAAGUGUGACUUUUGGGAUAGAAUGGACGUGUACAACCUGUAGUUAAAAGUAGUAGUCCUAAUUAUAAGAAUGAUUCUCAUAGAUAAAAUCAUCACUUGCAUAAAUUAUAUAUCAGCUGAUCAUCUUGUCGACCCAAAUUAAAGAGCUGUCGAAAGUAUGACGCUCAUAUCUUGAAAGAGAAGGCUAAUCUCUAGCACUUUUCUUAUCAAUUAUGCAAAUACGAUCCUUAUUAGCAUAAUUCAUAUAAAACUAGAGUUCGGCGACCUCAUACCUCCAUGAAAUAUUCAAGCUUUUGUAAGUUUUAUGCAACAGACUUGCACAUUUUCAUGAUUCAUACAUUGUAGAACACAUCAAAGUGAAAAUUUCUGAAAACUUUCCAGCUUAGGAAGAUUUUAUAGCCACCUUCAUAUUUCGUGGGGAGGGCGCCAUCCAUGCUGAG